AUGAUGAAAGGUACCGUCAUUCAUCCUCAAUGCCGAGUUAUUGCUGAAAACGGGCCCAUUUACAUUGGAAAAAACAACAUUAUUGAAGAAAAUGUAAUCAUCUUCAACAAAAAUUCAACCCCUUUGGUUAUUGGCGACGAUAAUGAGUUUGAAGUGGGAUGCUAUGUUGAAGGCACCCGCAUUGGAAACAACAAUAUAGUGGAAUCCAGAGCCCGUAUCAUCGGCAGCACUUCCUUGGGCAACUACUGUGUUAUUGGAUCAGCUUGCUCCACAGAGAGUAAUGAAGCAAUUCCUGAUUUGACCAUCAUCUAUGGAUCGCAAUCAAAAAGACGGAAUCAAAGUGAACCAUUAGCUACACAAGCAACACUUCAUGCGAGACACUUAGAUUAUUUACGUGAAGUUUUACCAAAAUACAAUCAUUUGAAGAAGUUGGAAUCCUCCUAA